ACAGCUGCUCGAACCGAAAACGAAACGGCUCGAGUCGUUGUGUUGUCGGUGCACGGGAACUGUAAAUAGCGUCUGCUAACUCAACUACCCUCAUGCUAUUAAACUGGACAUUUUAGAGAAAUAAUUCCCAUUAGUCUUUCCGUGUCAAUGCACCGGAGACAAAAGUGCGUUUGUUUCGUUUAUUCACGGCUGGCAGGUGCAAUCGCUAUGGGCAUCGUGUUUGCGUCGCAAGCCUAACUCAUUCAAUCCAAGCCACGCCAGUUUCGAUCAUGGCGGUUUUGUUGGAUGGCGAUCGCGGCACCUUCAUAUCGCACAACAAGCUUGUAGAAAACUGGUACAGCAAAUGUCAGCGCUCUGAAAUCGGUGAUGUUAUUUCCUUGAAGCUCAAAGACGCUUUAUUCGAUAUCAGAACUCCAAUGAGAAUGGACUCAGCUGCAGAGAAGCUGGCAGCAGGUACAGAGCGCAGGAAACGAAAGCGGCGAAGUUCAGAUGAUGCUCCUCUGACCGAUUUCGUUAAGUCGUGCAGCUGGAUAGCGGAGGCGAGUGACCAAAUCGUGCGGGCGGCCCUGGACGCGGGCCACCUGGAACCCGGGCCGGCCAGCGACCGAGAGGUGCUCGAAAACAACCGCGGAGCGCGGGCUGCGGCCGCCGACGUCCCGGCGGCCGCCUCUGUGGCCGGCGUCCGUCCGCCUGCGCCGAUGGGAGUCCGCUGUUCGGCACCACACGCCAGGCUCGUCCAGUACCGUGGCCAACCAGUGGUGCUACCCGCCAACGCGCGAGCGCAGAUCGGCGACGUGCGCGACCUGGGACCGUUCCUCACAGGUUCAUACGACUUUGUCUUACUCGACCCGCCUUGGGAGAAUAAAUCGGCUCGGCGAAAGCGCACGUACUCCACGCUCCCUCGCGACGAGCUGCUGUCGGCGCUGCCGCUGCGGCGACUCGCAUCCCCGCGAGGCUGCCUGGUGGCCGUGUGGUGCACCGCCAACGGGGGACACCUCCGGUUCGUGGCGCGCGAGCUACUGCCGUCCUGGGGCCUGACGUACUUGGCUACCUGGUAUUGGGUGAAGGUAACCAAGCACGGCGAGCCGGUUCGCCCGUUCGACUGCCCGCACAAGAAGCCCUACGAGUUCGUAGUAUUCGGCGGCCCGUCGUCGGUGUCCAUCCCUCAAGACAAGGUGUUCGUUUCGGUGCCGUCCUGCGUCCACUCGCACAAGCCGCCACUUUCAGAGCUCGUGCGACCCUUCGUGAAAGACGACGCAAAGUGCAUGGAGGUGUUCGCCAGGUAUCUCGUGCCUGGAUGGACGAGCGUCGGCAACGAGGCGCUCAAGUUGCAGCACGAAAGCAUCUACGAGCCUGCGAGUUUGGAAUCGCCGCAUUGUUGACGCUUGUAUAAAAAAAAAAAGGGGG